AUGGAGUCCUUAAGGGAGGAGGUACAACAUAUCGGAGAACUGGCGCACCUGGCCGUGACAACACUUCCUCAGCCACCUAGAUUCCCUUCUUUGGAUUCAGUUCCAGAUCAUUUUCCUUCCACAUCACGCCAAAACAACGAAACUCCAACUUCAACUCCCACCACUCAAGUCAUACCUCCAGUAACCCCCGCUAACCCACCAAAUCCCCCUAUUCACACUCCUUACAUACCACAAUACACUCAGACAUCACAAAACCCGUCUAUUACCACUAAUGCAAUUACCCCUCCUCGUGACAGAGUCAUUUUCACCACUAACCAGCACAUACCUGUGGCACAUGCCGCCACCCAUGAGCGGUACAUUCCCCCUGUAUAUGCCAUUUCUGAACCUACCUUUACAACACCUGUCACGGUCAAGGUGUCUUAUGAGAUUGAUCAAUACGCCGAUAUGGAGAGAGAAGCCAAGCGUAAGGAAAAAGAGUCGGUGCCUGAGCUGUUGCAAAUGUUGAGAAGGCAAAUGAAGAGCGUCCAAAUUGCCUGA